AUGGAAUUGGAUGUACACAGGCAAUUUCGACAUAUAGCAAUUGCUGCAGUAACAUUAUCAAUAUUCUCCGUCUCAUUAGCAAUCUUGACUGUGCCAUUACUCUACAGCUAUGCUCAUCAUUUGCAUUCGAAAAUUCUGGAUGGAACAGAAUUUUGUAAAAUGAGUUCUCAAGAUAUGUGGUCCGAAAUAUACGCUCUUCGGGAUCAACGUCAAACGAGAAGACGUGAGAAACGUGGUUGGUUAUUUGGACAAUGGCGAGAUGAUGGUAUUGGUGAUGCAGGUGGAAAUGGCGCUUAUGGUGCACCUGCAGCAGCGCCCGUUUUUGAACCGCCAUCACCAUCACAGCCGGAUAAAGAGGUGGUAAUACAUAUGAUGCGUUGCAUGUGUCAACAUGGACCACCUGGGCCACCAGGACCACCGGGGAAUGAUGGCAAGGAUGGUAGGGAUGGACAACCCGGAAAGCAUGGAAAUUCUGGAAGAAGUGGUAACGUAAUGCCGUAUGAUGGUUUGAAAACGGAACCUUGCAUAAUUUGUUUGCCUGGUCCACCUGGACCACCAGGACAACCGGGUAAUAAGGGACCACCAGGACCGCGUGGUGAAACGGGAGAACCAGGUCAUGAUGGGAAAAAAGGAACUCGUGGCAUGAUUGGGCAACCCGGUUCAAUGGGAAAAACCGGUCCAGUCGGGUCUAAGGGCAAAAAAGGAGAAGAUGGAAAACUUAUUAAAAUAAAAGGACCUGCUGGUAUUCCAGGAGCUCCAGGACCAAUCGGACAACCUGGUAUGAAAGGAGCAAAAGGGGAUCGUGGACAGACUAUUCCUGGACCUCAAGGACCACCAGGCGAGAAGGGAAGAAAAGGCAAAAGUGGAAAAAAAGGACCACGAGGAUUGCCAGGACCGAACGGCUUACAUGGUAUCGAUGGUGGUUGCGGUCAUUGUCCACCACCGCGAACUGCACCUGGCUAUUGA